AUGGCGAAAUCCUCCCGAUUUGCGUGGUCCAAGAGCACCCGCAUCAAAGUCAUGAUUGCCAUCGACACGGCCUUCUUCCUUCUUGAGCUGAUAUGCGGAUUUCUGGCGCAUUCGCUGGCACUGACGGCCGAUGCCUUCCACAUGUUAAACGACAUCAUCUCGCUAGCCAUCGGUCUGUGGGCCGUGAUGGCGUCGCAAAAGGCCACUACAGACGAGUUCACCUUUGGCUGGGUACGAGCCGAGAUUCUCGGCGCUUUCUUCAACGCAGUCUUCUUAAUCGCGCUUUGCGUCUCCAUCAUCCUCGAAGCUCUGACUCGUUUCGUUGAGCCGCCCGAGAUCAACAACCCGAAACUCAUCCUGAUCGUUGGCUGUGCCGGUCUAUUCUCCAACUUGCUGGGCUUUGUGGUUUUGGGAGGUCAUGGACACGACCACGGACACGACCACGACCAUGAUCACGGCGACGGCCACGAACAUGAACAUGCACAUGAACACGACCAUGCCCACUCGCACGGCGACCCCUGUGAUCUUGAGGAGGGACAGUAUGAUGGUGCCUCUAUCGCUGAUGAGCAAGGGGCUGUUGGCGAUGUCCUCCCUGAAGUAAUUGUCAGAAGAGCUGUCGAGACGGGACGCCGAGCUAGCACAGAGAGCCCCGAGACCGCGAGACGCAUUCACUUUGGCGACGAUUCUACAAGUCGAGACGAGUCCAACACCAGGGUAAGCCGGGCAUCUACCCAAUCCAGGGGCCGAGAGCACCAACGUCAGCCCAACAAAGGCCAUGCCCGCUUCGCUAGCAUCGAGGACAUGAGUAUUCACCCCGCCAGUUUUCGACAGGAGAUUCUAGCUGCUAGUAGAGCUGCAUCAUCCACCGUCUGUGCGACUAGUCAAAAUGACUCUGGAGAGGAGACUCCCUUUACCGACUCGGAGAAUGACGUUAAUGAGGCAUCACCGCUUCUCCAGGACUCAAAGGGAUCUCAUCUCUCCUACUCCCACAGCUCUUCCUCUAAGAAACCGAGAACUCGACGAGAUUCUGGUGUGCACAAUGGCCAUAACCACACGCUUCCACAAAAGCCAGGCACCAAAGUCAGCGGCCACAACCAUGCCGAUAUGGGUAUGCAUGCCAUGAUGCUCCAUGUCAUAGGCGAUGCUUUGGGAAAUGUCGGUGUCAUCAUCACAGCUCUCAUCAUCUGGCUCACCGACUGGCCCGGCAAGCUCUACGCUGAUCCCGCUGUCUCCCUCGUUAUUACUGCCAUUAUUCUCAAGACGUCCAUCCCCUUGACUCUGGCUACUUCUCGUGUCUUGCUACAGGCGACUCCUGAGAACAUCAGCAUUUCAAAAAUCCGAGAUGAUAUCGAAAGCCUCAAGGGAGUCGUCAGCUGCCACCACAUCCACGUAUGGCAGCUUUCUGAUACCAAGAUUGUUGCCAGCUUGCAUCUCCAAGUGUCCUCCGAACUCGACACGCACAACGGCGAGAAGUACAUGCAGCUAGCUAGGCAGGCCAGAAAGUGCCUGCACGGCCACGGCAUUCACAGCGCCACUAUCCAACCCGAGUUCUGUCUUGAUAAUAGCCACCAGCAUGACGGUGACGCAACGGCGCUCACUCAUGACGGAACAUCCGAAGAGCCCGCUCGUCUCUGCCUCCUCGACUGCGUCGACGAUUGUCGGGCAGAGGGAUGCUGUGUGGUUGAAACUUCCUCGGCGUGUUCAACUCGACGAGCUAGCGAAUCGUCGCAUAGCGCGCACAGCGAUGGCCACAGUCACAGCGAUGGCCACAAUCACCAGCAUUAG